GGUAUCUCAUCAAUCCGAAACAGUUGGUGAGCCAUACUGCGAUCGCGGUCUACACUCGUUCAGCGUCCACUUCUCCGUCCGUCUUCCAACGCAUUCCUGAAUCCGCAAUUCUCUUGGUUGUGUGUUACGACCCGGGACCUGGCCAGUUCCUCACGGCCGAGCUGGUCACGCGACCAUGGCGUUCUCCCGAGGGACAGCUCGAUUCUUAUCAUUUCUGUUACUCGGAUUGCUGCCCGUCAGUGUACUAGGUGGGAACAUUCUCAGCACAAGCGGCUUCACGAUAUGUCAGAACAAUGCAACAGUACAAGUCACCAAACUUAACGUCACGUACAAUAAAGACACGAGGAUUGUGAACUUCGAUGUUGCGGGCUCGAGCAACACUGUCCAAAAUGUCACUGCAACUAUGAUCGUUAGUGCGUACGGACAGCAGGUCUACACCAACACUUUCAACCCAUGCGAUACAGGUAUGGCGGAAAUGUGUCCAGUACCAGCAGCGAGCUUCGCCAGCCAUGGACAGCAAACGAUACCACAAGAAUAUGCGGACAAGAUACCGUCGAUAGCAUUUUCUAUACCGAAUCUGGACAGCACGGUGAAGAUGACCUUGCAAGGAGACGGUGGGGAGGAUGUUGCAUGCAUAGAAUCCAUGGUGGGCAACGGUCAAACCCUCCAUAUAGCAGCAAUAUCAUACGCUGCGGUAGGCAUGGCCGCAGCCGCGCUGGUCUUAUCGGCUCUUUCGGCUCUGGCAGCAGGCGGUCAUCCAGGCGCAUCAACACCAUCACCAACGUUCGGCGAAGUAAUUGGCUGGUUCCAGAGUAUGGCUACCAACGGUAUGCUCAGUGUUCCGUAUCCGAGUGUCUACCGAAGCUUCACGGCCAACUUCGCAUUCUCCACGGGUCUUGUACCUUGGGGCUCGAUGCAAGUUGCAAUCGACAACUUCCGCGCCAAGACUGGCGGCAAUUUGACUGAAGACAGCUAUCAAUAUCUUGACAACAACGCGACACUGGUGUUUCAGAAUGGCGCGACCACAAGUGCGCGGAUGGCAAGACGUGCAGUCAGCUCCAUCAUGCUGUGGGCAAGAGACGGCUCCACUGUUACAGUGAAUGGCACAUCUACGGAUGUCGGUGGCAGUGGUGAGAGCUCUUCGUCUCCCUCAUUAUACAGCAAGGCCGACCACUUCGUCAGCGGCAUUGAGGCCUACUCGGAACAGCUCGAGAUACCGGAAGCCAACACUUUCAUGACACUUUUGCUGAUCUGGGCUAUCAUUGUGGCCGUGAUCAUUGUCUUCAUUCUGUUGCUCAAAGCCAUCCUGGAGGCCUGGAGUAUGUUCGGCAAUAUUCCGAGAUCCAUGGAAAGCUGGCGUAAGCGAUAUUGGUGGAGACUGGCCAAGUCGCUCACAAGCCUGAUUCUGCUGCUCUACGGGGUCUGGACGCUCUAUUGCAUCUACCAGUUCACGAACGGCGACUCCUGGGCCGCCAAAGUGCUCGCAGGAAUCACUUUAGGUCUCUUUACACUCGUGCUAGCGUGGUACACGUGGCAAAUACACAGCAAAGCGAAGGAGUACAAGAAGCUGGAGGGCGACGCUGGCAAGCUCUACGAAGAGAAAGAGACAUGGAUCAAGUACAACAUUUUCUACGAGAACUACAAGAAGCGCUACUGGUGGUUGUUUGUCCCAGUGAUCGUGUACGGAUUUGCCAAGGGCUGCAUCAUUGCGGGCGCCAACGGACACGGUCUCAUACAGUCAGCGGGCCAGCUUAUCGUGGAAUCGCUGAUGCUUGGGCUGCUACUGUGGACGCGACCAUUCCAAAUGAUGAGCGGACAGUGGAUCAACAUUCUCGUCCAGAUUGUCCGUGUCAUCUCUGUUGGCUGCAUUUUGGUUUUCGUGGAGGAGCUUGGCAUCAGUCAGACAACGAAGACGAUUACCGGCAUUGUGCUGGUUGUCACACAAUGCGUGCUGACUGCACUGCUUGCCAUCUUACUCGUGGUCAAUGCGUUAGUCAACUGCAUUCGAGAGAACCCACAUAGAAGAGCCAGGAAGGAGCGGGAAAAGCUUAAGCUCGAGAGAGAUCUAGACAACUUGACGCCGCUGGAGCCGAUGCAGAACAAGGGCAGUACUGCAUACAAGGCACCAAUGGUGGCAGGAGCACCAUUCGGCGACAAUAAGGGUCGGUAUGGCCCUGUGCCUGCGCGGGCACAGUCGCCUGCACCGAGCUCAGAGCUUGACUUGGGCCGGCCUUCGCGCUUUGCAAGGGAAGGGGACGACACGCGUCUCAUGUCCAGCGCUGCGAGCAUGGGCCGGCGGACGGAAAGGAGUGUCAGCCGAAGCCCGGAUCGGGAGCCGACACUACCAGACGUUGGUCUCGGGCGUGGUUAUUGAUAGCGUUCGUAGCGUGUUUGGAUGUUUAGCAGCAUAGCGAUGCUGUUUGAA